CCCCGACCAAUCUUGCACAAAGUCAUCUACGUUGGUGGUAUUGGUGUGUCGUUGAAACCGUCUCCACUACCUGAGAAAUUCGAGAAAUUGAUGCAGAAAGGUGAUAAAGGUGUGGUGUUGUUCUCACUUGGAACUAUUGUACCGUCUUCAGCUAUUCCGAUGAAUAUUCGAGUGGACAUUAUCAGAGCAUUUAGUGAAUUCAGUGAUUUUCACUUCUUGAUGAGAGUGGACGAGAACGAUAACGAAACUGAUCAGGUGAUAAAGGAUAUGGGUGUAGGCAAUGUUGAGUUGAUCGGAUGGAUGCCACAAUCAGAUUUACUCGGUCAUCCUCGCAUGAAAUUGUUCAUAAUGCAUGGUGGAUUGAAUGGUAUGAUAGAGACGGCGAUACGAGGAGUACCGCUGCUCGUCAUUCCGUUCUUCGGUGAUCAGUUCCAUAAUGGAGCUGCGGCUGAGCAUCGUGGAAUUGGUUUGGCAUUGCAAAGAAAUAAUCUCAACUAUGCUCAAAUGAAGAAGGCGCUCACACAACUGCUCACAAAUGAAAAGUAUCUAAAAGCAGCACGUCGGCUGUCAGAAAUGAUUUGCAAUAAACCGAAUAAACCUGAAGAGCAGUUGAUCAAGUGGACCAAUUACGUAAUCAAAUACGGACCGUUGCCUGAACUCCAAGUGGAGGGAGCGAAGUUCAGUGUAAUUAAGUACUUUGGUUUGGAUAUAUUUGCAGCGUUGUUAUUGCUGAUAGUUAUUGCGAUUGCUGUGAUUGUUAGGAUCAUUAGAAGAUUAGUUGCGUUAUUUCGC